CGCAGAAAGACGGAAUUCGGGUUGAUGUUCCUGGCGCGAAGUCUUUAAGUUUACAGACUUCAUGAAAUCAGCAGGUUACUCUUGAAUAUUAGUCUGAAUAUCAGACGGGUGGACAUCAGACAACACAUCUAAACCUGAAGAUAAACAUGUCAGAGACGAAGCGGUGAGUUUUUAUCGUUGUUAUGUGUCAGAGGUCGCUGGUUUGGAAUCGAAAUCGAAAAUGACGGAGGCCGGAGCGGAGCGAGACCGGCGGAAAAAGGCGCCGAGGUCGGUGUGUGUGUACGACUGCCGCUCGGAGAGCCGCGCCGCGUCGACGCCGACGCCGCCGACGCUCCUAGACACCGCGGAGCUGGACUACAGCGGCUUCCUGCGGGCUCUGAGACAGGAGUUUUCCCUGUCGGCAAAGGAGACUUUUGUUAUUAGCACGACGGACCGAAGAGAGAUCGACUCGGAACUUUACAAGGAGCUGGUGGAUGGGAAAACCUUGCACCUGUUGAAGUCUGUGGAUCAGGAGCUGACUGCGGCGACUCAAGAGCGGAUUGAGUUUCUGCCGCACUACCAUACUCUGGUGCAGUGUGGCAUGUACGAGUACUACGCUAGUGAAGGACAGAAGGCGCUGCCCUAUGCCUUCGCUGAGCUCAUCGAUAACGCGCUGUCAGCCACCGCAAGAAACACGGGAAUCAGGAGAAUUGAAAUCAGAUUGCUGUUUGAUGAGUCUCAGGGAGGACCUGCUGUUGUGGUGAUGGAUAACGGCUGUGGAAUGACAUCUAAACAGCUGAACAACUGGGCCGUUUAUCGUCUAUCUAAGUUCAUACGAGAAAACAGCAUAAAGAGUGAAGAAACCGGUUACGUGCGGCCGGAUCCGGUUCCACGCAGUCUGAACAGUGACAUCUCGUAUUUUGGAGUCGGAGGCAAACAGGCUGUGUUUUACAUCGGCCAGUCUGUCAGAAUGAUCAGUAAGCCUGCAGGCUCUCCAGAUGUUCAUGAAUUUGUCAUGUCUAAAGAAGACUUUGAGCGCAAGGAGAUGAACAGGGAAGACAUUUACACUGGCUUCAUUAGAAACAGGAAGCCUGCCGAUUGCUCGCAUGUGAGUGAAAGCGAGGAGCAGUUUCUGCAGUCCAUUGUGAUGGAAGAAAAAGAAAAGGAGAGUUUUACUGCAGUUAUCAUCACUGGAGUCCAACAGGAACACGUCACUUACCUGAAAGACAAUUUCAAUCUGUGGACCAGAGAGUUGGCACAUACUUACCAUUACUAUAUACACGGAGUUCAUGGAAACGACCAGAGGGAAACGAGAAAAAAUGACCACGUCUCCAACAUUGACAUUCAGAUCAGUUUGGUGGAGCGCUCUCCUCGAAUCCCGCGUAUGAUGAAUCUGAGGGAGGUGGAUAAUGACAUGCAGACUCUGUACAUCAACUCCAGUUUUUCCACUUUUGAGUUUAAAGCCACCGGCGCUAGAGACUCCUUUGUGGAAGGAUUGAUCCGUUAUCACCCGUUCCUCUAUGAUCAGGAAACAUACCCAGUGGAUCCAUAUGCAUUAGGUCCUUCAGAGGAUGAGGACGAAGAGUGUGUAAUUUUGAACUCUGAAGCUCGGGGCAAACGUCCGGUCUUUGAGUGCUUCUGGAAUGGGCGGCUCAUUCCCUACACCACUGUCUCAGAGUUCGAGUGGUGUGCAAGGCCUAAGAAAGUAGGUGCAGUGCCGCUGGAGUGUUAUAACCGGAUUUCAGGAGUUCUCUUCGCCAACGACCGAUUCCAAGUCAGUACCAACAAACUUACCUUCAUGGACCUGGAGCUUCAACUCCGUGACAGCAACACCAUUUUUACCAGAGUGCACAAUGGCCAGGAGCUGCGGGUGAAUAUUCAGAGGGAGUUUACUAACUGGUUAAAAGAAUGUCAUGAGCGCUUCGACAAGCAGGUGAUGUUUCAGGGAUUUAAGGGUUCGAUGACGCGUACAGAUGUGCCCACCAAACGGCAACAGUCACCCUGGGCUAUAUUCCAAGCCAUUAAGUGGGAUGGCAAGACUUAUAAGAAAGGACAAUGUGUGAAGUCAGUAAAGACGAACCCUGUCUUCGUUGGCUCUAUAGUUCAUUUCUUGCUCUACGGAGAGCAUGAAGGAGACGUGUACGCCACAGGAGGAUAUGUCCAGAUUGCACUGGAACCGAAGGAGUUGUAUGAUGAGGUAAGGAUCAUUCCCAUCUCUAAGAUCGACAGGCUGGCCGCAGCCACAACCAUUAAGAAGAAAAUCGAAGAUGAGCUCGCAAAACUUCCAGACCAGCUGAGGGUUACGUGGCCUGAGGGAAAUGCGUGGGCUGAGGAUGAUGCUCGUCCGGCUGGCACACUCAUGGGUCCGAUUAAAGUGGAGAUUUUGAACAAAAAAGGAGAUUCAGUGUCUCGGCUGCCCGUGGCUGGCACUACUAAGAAACUGUUGAUUGAGCUGAAAGUCAUCUGGCACUCUCCUAAAGGAGACGUCCAGACGAACUCCUACAUUGGUGCUCAUUCAUCCAAGUGGGAAUACUGGUUCAAACUUCCAGACCAGCUGAGGGUUACGUGGCCUGAGGGAAAUGCGUGGGCUGAGGAUGAUGCUCGUCCGGCUGGCACACUCAUGGGUCCGAUUAAAGUGGAGAUUUUGAACAAAAAAGGAGAUUCAGUGUCUCGGCUGCCCGUGGCUGGCACUACUAAGAAACUGUUGAUUGAGCUGAAAGUCAUCUGGCACUCUCCUAAAGGAGACGUCCAGACGAACUCCUACAUUGGUGCUCAUUCAUCCAAGUGGGAAUACUGGUUCAAGUCCAUGGGGAAUCUCAGUAAGCUUGGGAAGUACACACUGCAUCUGCAGACCAUGCUGAAUGACAACUCUGCCAGCGAAUGGGCUGGAAAAAGACUCCCCAACUACACCCUCAAUUUCUCUAUUAAAGAAGGUGAAGCGAUAUCUUUUGUUCUAGGUGUCAUUUCCUCUCCUGUCCAUUUCGGAGUUCCCUUCAGUAUUCAUCUAGAUUUUAGGGAUGAGUUUGAUUAUCCCACCCAGCCACCCUGUGACAUUAAACCCCAGCUGGAAUGUAGUUCACUAGAGCUGAGUUAUGAGGGGAUCAUAUUUGGGACCACUUGUGUCAUCAAAAAUGUGAGGGCCAAGGGAAAGAUCAAUCAUCAAAACAAGAUGUACACAGUGAAGGUGCACAUCCCCGGGCUGAAGCAGGACAGCCAGUCUCUUCAAAUUGUUCUGCAACCUGGCCCUCCGCACACUCUUGUGGUGUUUCCAGAUGGUGAUGUGCUCUCUGUUGAGAAUCGAACUCCAGCAAACUUCAGAGUUGAGAUUCACGAUGAGUACCAGAAUAUCACCACUCAUCCUAAACUCAGCGUCCGCUGCCAGUUGCUGGGAGCCCCUGAUCUGCCUGUGGAUGUUGUGGACUGCAGUAACACCGGCUCUGGACUCCUGCUGACCAAACCACUUCUGCUGAAGACUGUAAACGCUGAGCAGAUCCUUACUGCUAAGUUCAACAUUCCUAACCACAGGACAGUGGCGUGCGUGGAACGUAAGCUGCGCGUCUUGCCCAGUUCACGAAUAUCCCGUUUGGAGGUCUACAGACAGGAAGAGGGCUCUGAGGAUGUCAUGGUGCUGCAAAACGCCGAGCGCAUUGAUUGGACGGCAGGAGACACGCUAGGAAACCUGCGCUUCAGACUGUAUGAUGAGGGCAAUAGACUGGUUUCCCUUCGGCCGAAACUCACCACCAAGAUUAAGGUGAAUUGGACAGCAGAUAUAAACGCAGAAGAGCUUUCUCAGGGAAAACUGCCAGCUUUAAGUGUCCCGUCUCAAGCACAGAGAGAGCAUUUCUACCUUGUGUCUUUCCACGACCAGCACACGGUCAACUUUUCCUUCAUCAUUGUGCCUCGUCCAGAUGAGCCUGAGCGCUUGCGGGUCAACCUCAGCGAGUCGACUGUGAAAAUGGGAGAAAUUCUGUCAGGAAACAUACAUGUAGAAGUUGUUGAUCAGUACGGGAAUAAAACAGACUGUCUGAACGCUGAAAUUGUGAAGACUAUGAGUGUGUCUGCUGAUGGUCUGGAUAAAUCAGCUCUGGCCAUUGAAUGGCAGGCCAGUAGUGGACUGUUGUCUGUAUGCGGGGUCCGCUUCGUGGGAGGAUCUCUUGGCCCGAGGGAGUUGUGCUUUAAGUAUCAAGACAUGAAGGAGUUUGUGCGAAUCGAAGUCACUGCGGGACCACCGGUACAGAUAAAGCUACUGAAGGAGCCGGAGAUGCCUCUCCAGGUCGUGAAUGGCCAGGGCUUGGACGCUCCGCUGGUCGUGCUGCUGUGUGACGAAUGGGGAAAUCCUUCACCAGACCAGCAGAUUGCAAUCGUGAUGAAGACUCUGUCGCCACAGUUGAAGAUAAAGUCCUCGGUAUCAUCUCUGUCUGUAGAUUCAGAAGGAAAAGCUUACUUCAUAUUAAAAGCUAUAAGUGGUCCAAAAGGGGAGCAUCAGUUGGAGUUUCGGGGGUCUUUUAGCAGGAACGGGAUUCCUGGGCCUGUAGUAAAACUAAAUGUGAUUCCUGAUCCCAAUAAACCCGUUGAACUCUCUAUCGAAUAUGACAGCGCUGCCACCUUAUGUGCAGGGGACAUUUUCCCAGUGUUUACUGUGGUAGUGAUGUCUGAGGAAGGCACGCCGGUGAGAACCGUUUGCCCGGCAAACCUCUCGAUGCUGCUGUGGAAGGGUACGGCAUCAGGCUCAUAUCCACCCUCUACCGCCUCGACUCUGAAGUGUAGUAAACGCAAACACACAGAGAAGGACGACUGCUUCUGCUUCAGGGAUAAGCAGAUUCCAGAGCUUGCAGGGCAGUAUGUUGUCCAGUUUGUUUUGGCUUUGGACAAAACCAAACAUCUGUGGAGCAAGCAGAUUCUACUAAAUGUCGUUCCCAAUAAAGCUGUGAAAUUAGCCCCCGAGACUCCACCUUUAACUCCUGUUGUGUCCAAUAGUAACAUUCGGGCCAAUCGCACACUGCUAGACAGCUUGAAUCUGAAGAUCAUGGACCAAUACAGUAACGCUGCUGGUGAGGGUUUAGAUGGAAAAGUGAUUGUUACAGUUAAAGGCACAGGAGAUGUGGUGCUUCCUUUGUUUGAGAAUGGAGAAACAAGUGUGUCAUACAGCCUCACUAACGGGCAGACUCUCAUUACUGAUUUGGCACUUUUGGAGAACAGUCCCGGUGUAGAUGGAGCCGAGUACAUCCUUCAGUUCAAUCCUGAGAUUCGGCAGACUAGUGUUACCAUCGCUGCAUACAGCCUGCCUUUCAGAUUCUGCAACGAUGCAGAACAUCAGAAAGUCAUUGUGACUCUCAGUAAGAAGAAAGAUCGCCUUUCCCAAACCGUUUUGAUGUACCGGGAAGUCUUUGAAACCAGUAAACAACUGAAAUCUGAACUUGAAUGUCAGCUGCAAGAUGCGACUCACAAACUAAAUGAGUUCAAAGCAGAGCUCCAAAAAAGUGGUUUCAACAUCUCCGAACUAACCAUGGUAUCAGCAAUAGACAAAGUUAUAAAUGGCAAGAAAGCAAUUUUGACCAAAAUGGAGAAUCAGCCUCGGCGUAAAUGCAGCAUUCCUGACCCUUUCAAAGGCAGCCCAAAGGUUCUGGGAAAGGUGGGUCAUCUGGCACAGGUGGAGGAUGAUGAUGCAGCGAAGGUGAUCUCUUGGCAUAUUCUGGGUGACAUGGACUGUGUGGUUACUGAAACUACAUCUGCUGCCAAGAGAAUCUAUGAUGAUACGCAAGGACGACAACAAGUCAUUCCCCUCGAGACGGUCUUCUGGAGACCAAAUGACAGGCCUCUGCCUCACAUCAGGAAUGGCAUGCUUCUCUUCCAACCCAUUGGUAAUCCUGUGUUUGUCAAAGAUAUACUCAUUUUUCCUGAGCACGUAGAAAGCUGCAAUAAAGUUUUUGCAAGUCUUCUUGGAGACACCAUACUAAUUGAUGACUUGGAUUCUGCUAAUCAUUAUCGUCGGGGGGUGGUUCAGAAUAAGAUGCAGUGCCCCACGCUCUUAACGCGUCAGGGCGAGCGGAUACGCAGCAACGGGAAGUUCGGAGGACUGCAGAACAAGGCUCCAUCCAUUGAGAAACUUCGAGGACAAGUGUUUGGAGCGCCAUUACCCAAAGAGUACAACCGCACACAGCAUCAGAUGGAGUUACUGCAGCAGUGUCGUGUUGCAAUGCAGAAGGCCUCUGAGGUCCGGUCUGAGUAUAACAGUCAUUUGGAGCACCUGCAGAGUCCUCAGAUGAAACAGAAACAACAAGAGCUCCAGCAGCAAGAGCAAGAGUUAAGAGAUCUUGAGGGAUCUCUCGCCAGAACUCCUGAGCAAAUGUACGCUGCAAGAGUGAAACGAGGACUUGAGCCAGAAACGCCCGAGCCCUCAGUCCCUGCUAAAAGAGCCCGCCGCAAAACACGCAAACUGGAUUCAUUGAUGUAACGCAAGCUGACAGCUGAUGCAAUGUUUUUUUUGUGAGUUUAUCCAGAGUGUCAAAGAUUGUUCCAUAUUUUAUGUUCUUUGCAAAUCUUUUUAAUUUUUUUUUACCUUUCACUCUUUACAGACUUCUCUGAUUUAAGCAGAAAGCAAAAAAAGUUUAAUAAUUGGACUGUGUCCAUAAUAUAUUUUGUAUCUUUAAGAAAAAAAAAAAGUUUUUACGCUUACACCAAGUCUGGUCUUCUUUCUUUUUAUACAACAAAACUUAAAGCAAUCAUACUCUCACCGAAAUCCUAUUCAGAUGGGUUUGUUUUCCUGACAUGUGUCUAUUAAGUCCUGUGCAUACUUUGGUUUUUGCACACAAUGCUGUGUAGUGGAUGCAUACAGCUUAAACUAGCAUUUCAACACAUACUCCAUUAAAACAUAUGCCUUUAAAAUACUGCGGUGAUGUAAUGACUGAUUUUUGUAAGUUCUCGUCACCCAGGUUCCCUCCACAAUAACUCGAUACGAUUUAUCCAUCGGCUUUUGGAGGAUUGCAGAAAAUAAGCUCUGUGACCGCAAACGUUUAUGAUGCUCGCACAUUUUGUUCACGAUAAUAAUCUUCACAACUUUCAGAAAUUUUGAAACUUAAAUACAAUAACCAGAUAUAAAAAGCUAAGCAUUUUCAGUAUUUAUUUAAAAGCUUUUCCCCUGGAAGUUUGAGUUAGAAUAGUUUGCAAGAGCGCGAUUGUAAACAAUGCACUGUGAGUGCGACCGAUGAGUUUACAUGUUCGGUGUGAUCGUGUUUAAUGUCCCGACAACUUCUGUAGUCCCAUUUAGACACAAGUAAAAGCUUUAAUAAAAUCACAAGGUGGUAUUACUAAUGUAUUUUAUGUUGUAGAAUAAAACAUGA